UUAGGGAUUUGUACUCUCUUGAGAAAAUAAAAAGUUGUAUAGAUUUGGCCAUGUCUGCUAACAUCACUGAAAAGUGUGACCAAUUAGUUAUUGUUAGGUCUCUGCAAGUCAUCGGAGAAUGCAUGAAAAGUACAACAGAUUCCCCCAAUUUAUCUACAGAGACAUACGAAUUAUUACUGUCCUUUCUGCCUGAGAAUAUAAAGGAAGUGAUCACUAGACUGAGAGACGAUUUAUCGCACGAGGAAUCUCUUUCUGUGAGAUUUGAGAUUGAAAUGAGCGGGCAAAAUGUUUUUCAAAGAAUGCAGUUUGAUAUCACUCAAAUGAAUUUGGCUGUCUCCGAUAUUAUUCGAAGAAAAAAAUCAAUGAUAUUUGGAAAGUUACUGAACAAAAUGGCAUGUUGUAAACACAUUGAUGCCAUGAAAGUAUUUCUCAAACAGAAUCACAUCUACGCGAUUUCAUUGCAGAAUGAACUAGAAGAAACAUUAAAUUUAAACGUAAGUAAUAUAGAACAGUUGGAAAAAUUGUUUUUCGAAUUAGAGAUGGAGAUGAGGAAUGAAUUAGAUUGCACAAACGAACUUAUUCGCCAAAUUCAAUACAUAGUCGAAAAUGCCUGCACUUCGAAUUCAUACAACUAUUCAGACUUGUUUAAAUCUCAUGUACAUGUUACACCUAAAGAAAUUCGAAAGAUUUGUACAGAGGAAAUAGUGCAGAUUAUUGAGGAUUUCUUAGCACUAAUACAUAUUAAUGAACAAUUCUUACCGCUUUAUUCAAUUUCAUAUGAAAUUGAAAACAUACCUAAUGCAGAAGCAUAUAGAGAAAUUCUAGCUAAAAUUGUCGCUAUAAACGAAUUAAGAAAAACGGAAUCUUAUUUACAUAAAGUCAAUUAUUUCUCUGGCUUUUCUGACUUUUCACAAUAUCUUUCGGAAAUUCAAAAAGCUAAACAGGACCAUCCAAUCUCAGAGCGCGAAAUGAAACAGUUAAAAAAUCUGUUUAUGAUUCUUAGCUGUGAAUGUGAUCAAAAGGCAUCUCGUAUGAAAGAAAUCUUUUCGGAAAUGUAUUCCCUUUUUGAAACCGAAAAAAAUCAUUUGAAAAAUACUCAAAACACAUUUCGUGAAUAUCUUUUGAAAUUCAUUGUAAUAAUAAAAGAUUGUGAGAGUGAGGAAAGUUCACAGGGAUUGGAAAAACUAAUGCUUGGAUUACGAAAAAUUGAAUCACCAACAUUACCAUCAUAUUCAAAGAAAUUCAAAGCUGAUAUAAGUAGGAUUUUUCUAAAUAUAUUUUCUGAAUUUAAAAAAGAUAAUAUUUUAAGCGGAAAACGUUCGAAAAAUGUUUCUACGAGCAUAGCUUCUUUUAUACGAUUCGGAAUGGGAGAAAUUAAAUGGAUCAAGGAAUUCAAGCAAAUGCUUCAGACCCACAAAGAACAGAAAAUGCAAAAAUCUAAUAAAAAAAUAUCCGAAACCAGCAAAUUAAAAGAUCUGUUGUCGCAUAAACUUACGUUGCUCCAACAGGUUUCUAAAGAACAUCAUGAAAGUGAACAGUUCUUUGAAAAUUCGCAGUGUUCACAAAAGAAAUCAAAAUUGUUAUCUAUUAUUGAGAUGUUAACGUUAGAUUCGUUGAGUAUUUUAGGAUGCAAAUCCUUACCAAAUCGCUUAUCUCAUAAUGCGUUCUUUUUAGACAAAGAUUAUCCAAUAAUAAAUGGCAAGAAUUUACGCAAUCAUUUAGCACACGGGAAUGCUUUAGUCAGCAUUGUGUUAGAAGAUGAAUGCGCAGAUAUCCUUUUAAACGCAGAAAAAAUGACAACUUAUAAUUUAUUAAAGUCGAAACAAGAGAUAGGUAAAAAGGUGAAAAAUGAUCCACAAAAGUUAAAGAUUUCUCUGGAUGGAGACCUCUCCACUGUUAGUCAGCAACUAAAACUUUUUUCUGCAUUGACCGAAGGUAAAAUGGAAAAAGUGAAAGACUGCAUUAGUAAGGGAGCUGAUGUCUUUGGAAGAGAUAUGCGCUCGCAAACAUCUUUGCAUUUUGCUGCCAAAGGACCUUGUUUAGAAACUGUAAAGUUUGUGUUAAAAUUUAAUCUAGAUGUUUACGCUGUUGAUAUUAAUCUUCAAACGGCUUUACAUGUUGCUUCAUGGUAUGGAAGGCUUGCUACCGUAGAAUAUUUGAUUCAAGAAUCGAAAUCAUCCAUAAAUUGUAUAGAUAUAUACGGAAGAACUCCUUUGCAUCUUGCGGCUAUCAAUGGACAUACUGAUGUUGUAAGAUGUCUUUUAAAUCAUGAUGCUAAAAUGGCUCCUAUAGAUCGCUUUGGGAAUGCUGCACUUCAUUAUGCUAUCAUCCACAACCAUUUAACUAUUGCCAGCAUACUUUUGGAAAAAGAAUCCGGUGUUGAUGCGAACAAAACUUUUCUUGGAGACACCGCUCUGCAUUUAGCAUCAGGAAAAGGGCAUAUGAAUUUAGUUGUCUAUUUACUGGACAAAAUACCUGUCAAUUUUAGAUCGGAUUUGAAUUUUGUUGCUUUGCAUAAAGCUGCAAAAGGUGGCCAUACCAAUGUUGUAGAAUUAUUAAUUACAGCAGGUGCUAAAAUAAAUGCAAAAAGCUUGAAAGGAACCACACCGCUCCAUUUAGCUGCAGAAAAAGGUCACUAUGCAGUCGCUUUGAAAUUAUUACAGCAUGGAGCUGACAUAAAUAUUACUGACUUAAAUGGUUCGACGCCUCUCUCUUUUUCUAUUAGAGAAGGGUUUCUAGCUGUAUCGGAGCUUUUACUGGGAAAGGAUAUUGUUAUCGAUAGCUUCAGAAGUUCUUACGAAUGUCCUUUAAAUUUAGCUGCCUACUUCGGUCAUCACGAACUUCUAAAAUUAAUGUUGUACAGAUGUGACACGGACUUUAAGAUUUCAUCCCUAUAUUUGUCAGCAUAUAUGGGCCAUCUAACCAGUGUGAAAUUUUUGAUAAAGAAGGGAGUAAGUAUUAAGUAUGAUGCUACUGGCUGCACUGCGUUACAUUUCGCUGCAUGUGGAGGACAUACGGAUAUAGCUAAUUUUCUGAUUUCGAGGGGUUAUGAUGUGAAUGCUAAAAUCAUCAGCAAGGAAGUAGAGAGAAACAUGAGCACUGCCAUACAAUUUCUCCGUGCUGUCUGUAAUUUCAAUAUUUCACAAUUCUCUGGCUGUACAUCCUUGCAUCUUAGCGCCUAUUUGGGGCAUAAAGACACUGUGCGAAGUCUGGUCAAAAAUCAAGCCGAUUUAUAUAUCAAAGACGAUAAUGAUAGAAUUCCCCUACAAAUUAUCAUUGAGAGAGGUUUAGCUGAUAUUCUUGUUGAAGAAAAGAUAUCCGUUGGUUUUACAGAGUUUGAUGAUUACAGUCCCCUACAUUUAGGUGCAAUUAGAGGUGACCUCGAAUUCGUAGAAUAUUGCAUUCAGAAAGGCUGCGAUAUCAAUGCUAGAAGUCGGCAGAAAAACGAAACGGCUUUAUAUCUAGCUGUUUUUAACGAUCAUCCAGAAGUUGCAAGCUAUCUUAUGAAUUGUGAUGCAUCUGCGUGUCAUGACUGUGCUGCUUCUCUAGAAAUAGCAGUUAAAAGAAACAGAAUGGACAUUGUGAAUAUGCUGAUGAACAAAAAUGUGGACAUCAGUAAAGAAACAGAGAGAGAAUACUUGUUGUCGGCCAUCAGAGAUGGAAAUGAUGAUAUUGCGGAAUACUUUUUAAAAGGAAAUCCCGAAAAUGCUCUUUCAAGACCUGAAUGCCAUGAAUUUCCGCUCCAUAGUGCUGUUGAGAGUGGUCAUCUGAAUAUUGUGAAGAAAUUAUUAGAAUUAGAAAUAAGAAAUGUCUUAAAUGAAAAAAAUAAUGAAUCUGCAACUCCACUCGAACUUGCAUCAGUGGAAGGCUAUUGUGAGAUAGUUCGAGUUUUAUUGGAAAAAGGCGCUGAUCCGAAUCAUGCACCAGGCCGAUCUGAACCACUUCAUAUGGCCGUUUUAAGUGGCUAUUCUGAAAUUAUUGAAAUCCUUUACAACGCUGGAGCAAACUUGGUGAACAUCGAAGGUUGCUCUGCAAUUGAAUUAGCGAUUAAAAUUAAAAAUUUUGAUGCAAUGGAAAAACUUUUAGAGCUUUCCAAAUUUGAUAUCAAUAUAGAAGGCCAUAGUGGUUGUACUCUGCUACAUAAUGCUGCAGCUUCAGGAUCAUUAGAAAUAGUCAAGAGUUUAGUAGAAAAAGGAGCCACCAUUAAUUGCAGAGAUUCCACAAACGCCAAACCUAUACAUAUAGCGGCUAAAGAAGGCCAUCCAAGUAUUGUAGAAUAUUUUUUAAGCAUAGGAGUUGAGAUUGACAGCAGAGGAGAAAAUGGUUGGUCUUUACUGCACUACGCAGCGGCCGGGAAUCAAUCUGACAUUUGCAAAGUUCUCUUCAAAAAUGGUUUAAGUAUUAACAUCAUUGAUGAUAAUGGCUGUUCUGCUCUUCACGUAGCAGCACAAAUGGGUCAAAUAGACGUUCUACACACUUUACUUCAUUUUGGUGCGUAUUACGACUUUCGCAAUGAAAGAAACGAAACACCUUACGACGUUGCAAAAAGCUCGGAUCUUCACAAUAUUCACGUUAUAGCUUCUUUCAUUUUUAUUUCUAAUUUGUUUUCAGCCGUUCAGAAGAAUAAUCUUCCUCAUGUUGAGGCUCUUCUAAAUGAAGGAUUUGAAUUUUCUGAAUUUGGUUAUGCUAAUAUAAAAAAUUCGAAAAAUCUUUCACUUCUCCAUUUUGCGGCGUGGAAAGGCUAUGAGGGAAUCGUGGACCUUCUGUUGAAACACAAUGCGGACCCAAAUGCGAAAACAGCAAAUGGAUGCACGCCUUUGCAUUAUGCUGCCAAAUUUUCAUACCCAAAAGUUGCGAGAGCUCUGUUACGCAGUGGAGCAAUUUUUAACGCCGAAAGCAAUGGAAAGAAAACUCCUUUAGACUUUGCAAAUGAUGGAGACAUUAUUGAACUUUUAAAUAUCUUGUACGCGAUAUUUUCAAAAAUUGAAAACAAUGAGCAUUUCAUUUCAGAUAAUUUGAUUCCCUUAAAGAACUUGGGCAUUGUAAAAACUGUGAUGAGAGCUAAAAAUUCUUGCGGUAAAACUCUAACUGCAUUCGCCAUUAUAAAAGAACACCCGGAAGCUGAGUCAUUAAAAUCCCUUUUUCAAUCUGAUGUGACGUUUCAUUGCCAGAGAGCUGAUAGACUUUGUAAAGAGGGCCAAUUCCACGAAUCUUUGGAACAAUACAAAGUCAUUCUGGAAAAAAGAAUUGAUAUGUUCAGUGACAAAGAUCCUGGCGUUUUGGAUAUUCAAGAAAUUAUAUCUGAAAUCCUCAUUAAACAAGAAAGGUACGACCAGGCUCAAAGUUUGAUUGAAAAAAUUUUCAGAAUUCGAAAAGAAAUCCUAGGUGAUUUCCAUAAAGAUACUUUAAAAACUAUGCGACUAAUGGCAUUAAUUCUUGGUCGCAAAGAGAGAAAAAGAGAAGCACUUAAUAUAUAUGAAGAUGUUUUGAAGAAACAGCAACACCUGUUAGGAUCCUCUAACGAAGAAACGUUACUAACUCAAAUUCACAUUGCCCAGCUGAUGCAUGAAGGUGAAAAGCCAAAUGACACAGUCACCAAGGUCAGGGAUUUUGUUUUACAGCUUAAAACUGAUAUUGCCAAGCAAUUGUGCAUGCUAAGGGAGCCUAGCGAAGCUCUUGAAAUAUUUAAAGAUGUUUUCGAAAUCCAGAAGAAAAGUUUGGGGCUUUAUCAUACUGAGACGUCAAAUACGUUAUUUUGUGUUGCUUUCGCUCUUUUCGUCAUGAAUAGAAAAGAAGAAUCUUUGAAGACCUUCAGAGAGACUCUUGACCUUCGGUACCGUGUUCUCGGACCAGACAACGAAAAGACUCUUCAUUCUCGAUAUUGGGUAGCAAAUGCUUUGUACUCGCUACAAAUGUUUCAAGAAGCAUAUGAAAUUUACAAAGCAGACCUGGAAGCGAGAGUAUCAAUUUUAGGAGUAAAUCACCCAGACAUUUUGGACACUCAGAACAAAAUUGCAUCCAUUCUUUCACAAGUAACUUGUGAUUAGAAGAACAAACUAGUAAUUAAGUUAAAAAUAAGAAUUAUCUUAUAUAGGGGAUCCCAAAUUAUGUGCCGAGGCUGCUUGGAAAGAAUCCAUAAUGUCAUCUCUGGAAAAAAAAAAAUCAGCGAGCUGAGGGUGAAGUGGGUUCGCUGUAGAUUCGGUUUCCAAAAUGUGAAUCGCAGUGUUUAAAAAUUUGGGAGCCCCUAUUCUUAUAGGAGAAAUAAAAAAAAGGAAAGCAAAGUCUUAUUGCUGAAUUGUUACAAAAUGCACCAGAGUUGAUACUUUUGAAUCAGUCUAUUAAGAUUUGCCAUGUUGAGAAGAAUGCGAAUUUUAUAUGCUUGAAAAGAAACAGUUCAUGGUGACAUGAUGCGUAUUUCCUACUUGCCAAUUUUAUUUGGAAUCCUUAAUGCAUCUUGUUGGAGAAAGAUUAAUACGGCAUAAGAGAAAUUGCAGUUAAUGGUAUAUUGCCAUACGCAGUUACUUUGUCAUGUGAUUGUGCCAUAAGUCAAAUGUUUAUUAUUGCCUUAAAAACAAGCAAUAUCGAAAUAACAAACGAAUUCUAUUUUUUAUGAAAAAUAUUUAUCCAUUUAUAAUUUUGUAUAAAUUCUACUAGAAUUUUUGAAGAAUUGUAAAUUACUGUUA